AUGGUGUCCAAGAUCAUUCUUCUUUCGGCCGUUGUGGCCUACGUCGAGGCUCGCUUCGGCCAGGAACAGGUCCCCAUCCAGGCCAUCUCUGCCGUCCAGGGUGGUGAUCCUGGUGCUGCGGCUACCAUUGCUGGUGGUGCUAUCUCUGAUCUCCUCGGCGCGGCCAACUCUUGCGCUAAGCUCGCGACCGCCGACAAGAUCGUCUCUGACCUCGGAGGAGGCGCUGAUGCCAUCGCCGCAGCUAUCGGCAUGGUCACCGCUGAGAAGAACACCAACCCCUUCGCCAACAACAACACCCAGAACGUCUGCGGUGAUGCCACUCUCCCUGCUACUCCUGAGCUCCGUGGUAUCACUCCUCUCAUCGACCCCGAUGUCGACGCCAAUGGCGAUGUUGCAGCGCUCAGCAAGCAGACUGCCGGCGCCCCGCUCGAUGCCACUGGCAAGAGCGUGUUUGAUCUGUUGAACGAUGCUGGAUUCGGCGACCUCGUCGUUUCUCAGGCUGCCGCUGGAGGUGCGGCCGCUGGUGGAAAUGCGGAUGCUGGAAAUGCGGCAGCUGGAAACGACAAUGCCAACCAGAACGCCGGAGAUGCGAAUGCCAAUGCUGGAAGUGCGAAUAACGCAACCGCUGAUGCCAACGCUGGAGACAACGCUGCUGAUAACUCGGGAGCUGCUUGCAAUGCCGGAAACGCGGCCUCUGGCAGCGACAACGCGAAUGCUGGAUCCGCAAACCAGACUGCUGACAGCGGAAACGCCAACGCCGACCAGAACGCAGGAGACGCCGCAGCCAGCAACUCCACCGGCGCAGCCACCGGUGGCGCCGCCUCCUCCGCAGGCUCCAUCCUCACCGGCGACGAAGACUUCGGCUCCUGCACCCCCACCAUCAUCUUCGAAGCCGGACAAAACGGGCGCAAAGCGGACGAAUUCACUUUCCAGAUUGCUGAUGCUACUGCUCGUGGUGGCCAGCAGGACGCCCUCAACCCCAACAUCAUCACCAACGCGCUCUGCAACCAGCUCACCAAUGUGUGCGGCGCCAACGACGCGGCGGUCACUACCUGCGGACAGGCUAAGCAGCUCGUUGCUGAUGCGGGUACGCGCGACAAGAGCACUGCUGAUUUGUUCAACACGGCGCUUGGGUUUGCGGGUGCUGUUACGAACCCGGAUGGUGGACCGGCAGAUAAGAGCGAUGCUGCUGCCGCUGCUAAGAGGACUAUCACUAGGAGGUUCAAGGCUUAG